AUGGGCUCCCAAUUCAGUCAAAUGUUCCCGCCCGCAGCCAAGUUCACCGAAUCUUCACUUCCCAACCUGUACGGAAAAGUCUUUGUUGUGACAGGUGCUUCAGCAGGCGUAGGUAAAGAACUCUCCCGCCUCCUCUACUCCUGCAACGGUACCGUAUAUGUAGCGGCCCGAUCUUCUGAGAAAGCCUCUACAGCGAUAUCCUGGAUCAGAGAAGCUUGCCCGCAAUCCAAGGGCACAUUGCACUACCUCCAUCUUGAUCUCGACGAUCUCCAUGGGAUCAAAGCAUCUGCAGAGAGCUUUCUCGCAAGGGAAACCCGAUUAGACGUCCUGUUCAACAAUGCAGGUGUUAUGAGGCCACCGAAGGGCACAACAACGAAACAAGGAUACGAACUGCAGCUUGGAACAAAUUGCGUCGCGCCCUUUCUCUUCACCAAGUUACUCACGCCCAUGCUACUUGAGACAGCGAAGAGAGAGCCAGAAGGCAGUGUGAGGGUAGUUUGGGUGAGCUCCUCAGCUGCGCAUGUCAUCGCGCCGGCUGGUGGUGUGGACAUGAACAAUUUGGAUUAUAAGACAGAUGUCAGUCAGAUGACCAAGUACGGGAUUACCAAAGCGGGAAAUGUGUUUCAUGCGAUGGAGUUCCAGAGACGGUACCGAAAGCAAGGGGUUGUUAGCGUGGUGCUUAACCCCGGUAACCUCAAAUCUGAUUUGCAGCGCCAUGUACCUGCUUUCCAACUUUUCAUACUUAACAUGAUCUUGCACCCACCUGUGAACGGCGCGUACACUGAGCUGUUCGCUGGCCUCGCGCCUGAUGUUGCGAAUCUCAACACGGGUGACUGGGUUGUACCAUUCGGCAGGGUUAUGCAGUUGAGGAAGGACUAUUAUUCCGAAGCUGGUAAGAAGACUGCGAGCGCGUUUUGGGAGUGGAGUGAGAAACAGGUGGAACAGUACGUUUGA